AUGAAUGUUGAAAGCUACACAUACGAGCAAGGCAGUUUGCCCCUGAGGAAACAGUUGCCGUAUGAGCAAGUGUUGGACCGGAGGGAGACGGUUGCCAGUAUCACCGCAAGGAUUGACAGGCUCAUGAACGAUGAAGGGGCGCAGGCGGAGGAGCGAGUGGUCCUGCCAGUCCUGCGAUCGCAGAAGAGGCCUCCAGUGAGGGGGGUCAGGCGCUCUCAACCGGAGCGAGUGUCAUACCGAGACACGAUGACGGACUCGAGCGCGUAUCCUAGCAGACAGGAGGAGGCUCCGAGGAGGUCGAGGGUGUUAGCAGACGACUCUAUCCAGCAGAGGAGGAGGACGAGGCCUCGCAGCCCCUCUCGAGACAACGACCCCAAGGGUUACAGCAACUUUUACAACCCGCAGCCAUGGCAAAACCCAGCCUCGGUAGUCCAGCAGGCACCCAGGGCCCCGAGGGUCCAACAGAGUCCAAGGGUGACGAGGGUGGCCAGGAGAGCCUGGGUUGACCCGCAGGAACAGAGGUACCAGGCCGAAGAGAUCCGGAAGCUCGUGGAGGAGAUUGCUAAUGCUUCCAAGACAAUGAAGGCCAAUGUUAUGCAGACUGUUGGAAACCUGCAGCAGCAGGAUCAGAAGCAGCAGCAGCAGGAUCAGCAAGUGGCGUUAGAGAGCAGUUUCCUCUCAAAGAGAACUGACAGCGAGACGUCCUUCCAGCGGGAGUCAAGCAUCUUACAGGGCAUGGACGACAAAGUGAGCCGGGCCCUCACGUACCUGCUCAAGGACUUGGAGUCGUCCUCCUUAGACGACGAGACGCUCCUGCAGGCAGUGACGAUCAACAAGGCAGCUGUGACCCUACAGAAGCACCUGAAGGCCAUGCGAGCCUUCCAUUUCUUCCGAGGAUGGCGGAUGUCACAGGCUGCUGUACCGCUCCCCCUCCCCAUCUCUCAUGCCGACCCGCCUCCGCAGGAACCCAAAGACCUCGUCCGCCCACUAGAGCAAGCAAGGCGGGAGGCCGAGCAGCAGGAGCAGGCAAGGCGGGAGCAAGCAGGGCUUGUACUCCAAGGAAGUAUCCGAUGUCACCUUGCGAGGAAGCGACGGGCAGCAGCUGAGGCAGAGCGAUCAGCAGCGAAGAAGGCGGCGGCAGAGGAGGAGCAGGCAAGGCGGGAGGCCGAGCAGCAGGAGCAGGCAAGGCGGGAGGCUGAGCAGCAGGAGCAGGCAAGGCGGGAGGCCGAGCAGCAGGAGCAGACAAGGCGGGAGCAAGCAGGGCUUGUACUCCAAGGAAGUAUCCGAUGUCACCUUGCGAGGAAGCGACGGGCAGCAGCUGAGGCAGAGCGAUCAGCAGCGAAGAAGGCGGCGGCAGAGGAGGAGCAGGCAAGGCGGGAGGCCGAGCAGCAGGAGCAAGUUGCGGAGCAGCAGGAGCAAGUUGCGGAGCAGCAGGAGCAGACAAGGCGGGAGCAAGCAGGGCUUGUACUCCAAGGAAGUAUCCGAUGUCACCUUGCGAGGAAGCGACGGGCAGCAGCUGAGGCAGAGCGAUCAGCAGCGAAGAAGGCGGCGGCAGAGGAGGAGCAGGCAAGGCGGGAGGCCGAGCAGCAGGAGCAAGUUGCGGAGCAGCAGGAGCAAGUUGCGGAGCAGCAGGAGCAAGUUGCGGAGCAGCAGGAGCAGACAAAGCGGGAGCAAGCAGGGCUUGUACUCCAAGGAAGUAUCCGAUGUCACCUUGCGAGGAAGCGACGGGCAGCAGCUGAGGCAGAGCAAUCAGCAGCGAAGAAGGCGGCGGCAGAGGAGGAGCAGGCAAGGCGGGAGGCCGAGCAGCAGGAGCAGACAAGGCGGGAGCAAGCAGGGCUUGUACUCCAAGGAAGUAUCCGAUGUCACCUUGCGAGGAAGCGACGGGCAGCAGCUGAGGCAGAGCGAUCAGCAGCGAAGAAGGCGGCGGCAGAGGAGGAGCAGGCAAGGCGGGAGGCUGAGGAUGAAGGGGCCUGUGUUCUGCAGCGAGGGGUCAGGAGCCACCAUGCUCGGAGAGAUCUGAGAAGAAGGCGCGAAGUACUUAAGAUGAAGGCACAGGAGGAGUGGUACCGAGAGCGUUCAGGAGCGAUUCUCCUCCUUGCCUGCUCGAUGCGAUGCAAGCUAGCGAGGAAUGCGAUCACGUCUGCCCGGGCAGCAGCAGCCGCUCGCUCCGCAGCGGCGUUGACGAUUCAGUGCAGUACAAGGAGGAGGAUUGGGAGGAAGAGGCUGCAGAGGAGGAGGCAGGAGAGGCUCUGCGAUGCCCUCGGCGGCCGGUACGAGGCAGAGCUCCAGCAGCUGAUCGAACAGGAGAGCUUCGAACUGAUACCCCAGCUGCUCGACGGUGUCAAACCGGCGCUUGUGGCCGCAGGGCUCACUGAUCCGGCUGACCAGCAGAGCGUCGUCAACAGGGUGUACAGGUCAGCACACAGCGUGCUGGAGGGGUCCGGGCUGGGCUCCAAGGACCCGUCCCUCCUCCUCCAGCUGACCUCCAUCUUUGCCGAGCUGGCUGCCAAGCAGCAGUUCGAGAACCAUGGGGAGCUGUUCAGCUUCAGCAGGAGGGACCAGCUGAUCGAGAAGGCGAGGAACAAGGCGCUAGCGCAGAAGAAGGCGCGAGAUGAGGCCUUCCAGCUACUUCAGGAGCAGCACAACCUCUCCUUGCAGGCUGCUGAACAGAAAUUUUCCGACCUCAAAUUUCACCGGCAGCAGCUCGAGCUGCAGCUCGACGAAGAGAUCAAGGCAGCUCAGUCAGCUCGAGCCAGCAAGCUGCUCCACCUGCAGGAGAUCAUCGCAGAGAACGCCAAGGAGGAGGUGAUCUUCAAGGCCGAGUUCCAGCGCAAGACGGCGAAGAGGCUGGCGGAGUCGUUGCUGGAGGAAGCGGCGAUACAGCGAGCUCGAGCUGGGGAGGAGCUGGAGAGGGCGAGGGAGUUGCUGGCAGUAGCGAACGAGGAGGCGAAUGAGCAGCUGGAGGAGGCGGAGAGGGAGUGCAGCGCCGUGACCCAGAGCUUGCAUUCGUUGAAGGUUUCCCAGCAAGAGUCCAGCUGUUUGUCAGCUGAUCGGCACAGGCACAAGAAGAAGGAGCUGGAGGAGCUACUGAACGAGAAGAGGCGAAGGCUCUGUGAGGUGGAGCAGAAUCAUCAGGAAGCGAAGGCGAAGGCCACGAGGAUCCUGGCGACGGCGAGGCAGGAGGUGUUAGAGAUCGAGUCGAAGGAUGGGAAGGGGUCGCAAGUUUUCAGCUCAGAGCAGCACAAGAAGAUCGUCAUGGACACGGCGCACGAGAUUGCCGCGGAAGUUUGCGCCAAAGUUGAGCUGUGGGUCAGGGAGGUGGUGCUGGUGCAGCGGGAGGUGGAGGCGCUGGUGGGGCGGAUGGACGAGGCGAAGGAGGAGGAGGCGAAAGAGCUGGAAGAGCUCAGGGGGAGCAGAGCUGAGAGGCUGGAGCAGCUGGGGUUGGAGCAGAGAAGAGCUGAAAAAGCUCUCAUGAAAGCGACGGAGCAGAGGAAACGGGCAAAGGUCGACCAUCGGAUACAGGAGGACAGCGCUAUAGCCAAACGGAUGAAGGAGGAAGAAGCGAGUCGACACCUGGAGGCAAAGGCCCAGGAAGUGAUUGACAUGGCGAUGUUGGAGGCAAAGAGCCUGGUGGAGGAGCUCCAAUGUCAAAUCCAGUACACUGGUGCUCCUCGAGACAACUUUGAGCGUGUGGUGUCUGACAAGAACGACCUUCAGCCACAUUCAGCCCUCAACGCCGCGAGGAUCGAGGCAGAGAAGUGGAGGAGGAUAAAGACUAACGGGGGGCGAGUCUACUGGCACAACAGGAGCACAGGAGAGACCAGGUGGGAGACUCCUUCCUCCCUACUCCCUCUCUCCGCCCGUGAGCUCGACGUUCUCGUUCCCGUCCGAGUUAAGAAGCAGCAGAGGAGGAGGGAUGACGGGGAUGGGGAUUGA